GAGGUUAUGGGACGUCUUGCUGAUAUCUCAUGUAGCAAGUUCGUAAGGUCGUAGGAAGAUUGCUGCACGUUCGCGCGUCUUGACGGAAUACAUAGCGGGCGAAUGACCGGGGAGGCAACGGCUUAGGUUUUAGGUUGGGCCACUGCCGAGGCUGCUGCCAUUGAGGCAGCAUGGAGGAACUGGAGGCAGAGCAGGUCUACCUGCUCAUGCGAAAGGAGUACCGCAUAUCCCGCAAUGUACGAGCCCAGUGGUACUUCUCCCACCUGGGCCAGCUCAUCCAGGUUCCCAAGCGGCACAUGGUGGACGAGUACAAGGACGAACUGGAGGUGGUGUCGGUGAUCCCGGCCAGCCCGCCGCCUGACUGGGACUCGGACACAAGCCACCUGUACCGCUACCGGGUGACUGCACGCACGGGUGUCACCUUCCUGGCGCGCGUCUACCGGCUGGUGUUCUGCCUCGACCUCAGUCCCUCCGUCGCCACCGUGGACACCAGCAGCGGCGUGGUGCUGCUGGACGCCGUGUUCCCCACCCUGGGGCGCUGUCUGGAGGGCAUCACGAGGCCGUUCUACGUGCCGGGUAGCGAGCUGCUGUACAAGCCGCAGCUGUACGUCACUGUGAUCGCGCACACGCCCUUCUUCACCACACAGACACACCAGGUGCUCGUGCAAGGCUGGCUUUUGACGGAGGACAACCUGCAGUCCUUCCUCGGCACGGUGGGCGGCAAGCUCAACGACAUCGAGGACAUGUUCGCCGACGUCACCGCCAUGGCCAACGACCAGCUGGAGGCGCAGCGGAUGGAGUCUGAGCGCCUAGUGGGCCAGCUGUUCGAGGACGAGCCGGGCGACAGCUCGGCCGCCUCGGCCGCCGUGCCCAUGGUCUCGCCCGACAUCGGCUUCGUCAACAUGCUGCGCUACGGCAUCCUGGCGCUGCAGCUGCUGCCGGAGAACAGCAGCGCCGGGCUCAUCGUGGUGACGGACGGCGCCAUCGGCCUGCCGGACGCCACCAUGUUCGACUCGCUGCUGGUGCAGCUGCGCAACAACACAGUGGCGUGCUCGUUCCUGCUGCUGGACUCUGGCUGCCAGCCGAGCGCCGGCCUCGGCUCGCUGCCCUACACCGACCUCAUGCACUUCCUGGCCACGGCCACACUGGAGGGCUGCGUGCCGGACACGCCGCUGGACCUCAUCACCAAGCACCAAUCGGACGGCGUGCUCAACUCCAGCCUGGAGAGCGUGCUGUCGUGCCGGCUGCGCGAGGGAUACAACAUCCGCGCCGUCCAGAUGGAAGACGGCGCCAUCCAGAUCACGCUGGUGCUGCCGUGGAAGUACUCCAUCUUCAUAGAGUACAUGCUGAAGUCGGCCUGGCCGCCGACCGGUGGGGACGUGCAAUUUGAGCUGAAUAUCACGGCCAGCUACGACUUCCUGCACGACGUGACGUGUGCGCGCACGCGCACCAAGUCGCCGUACCGACAGGCGAUGUUCAGCAAGUUCUGGAGCAGUCUGAAGUCGAUGCGGCACAGCGACCAGCUGCUGGAGCACCUGCACUCGUUCAAUAGCAGCGCUACGCUGUACACGGUCCCGGACGUUGUGCGUAGCGGCGGGCCGCUCUUCUUCCUCUCGGAGAACACCGGCGCGCCCGAGCCAUUCUCCGGUGAGCCCGCCUACCAGACGUUCUGCAACUUCUGGAAGCCCGUGUGCAUGCUGGACAUCAACAUCUGGCAAAAGUGGAUGCACGCCCACAGGAUCGGGCUGCUUCUCGAGCACGAUCACCCCCUGCCCAAGCACCUGUGCCUGCCAAACAACAGCGGACGAUUCAACCCGGUCCAGUGUCGACAGGCCACCAAGGCUGUGACGUCCAUGUUGGCCGAGGUUACCGACUUCGCCCUGCUGGACGGCCACUCCUACAUCAAGUUCCUGUACAGCGCCGAGAAGGAGGGCGCGCCGCCCACCUCGUUCUACAUGCUGCGCGUCAACCUGGCUGUGCGGCCGCCCUGCAUGGUGGUGCGGCUGGCCUUCCUCGGCGGCACACCGGGCGACCUGAGGAACCAGAUCGUGAAGGAGCUGCGGGAGCGGAUCCUGGCGCUGACAUUCACUGAGGGCCAGACGGCCCUGUCGGCCGACCCGCCCAUCCGCAAGAACGCCCGGCCCAUCGAGAAGUCUGCCGUGCCCAAGACGGUGGCCAUUGACGACGGCACGCCGGAGCGGGGUCUGCUGCCGGCCGACCACUACAGCGCCAGCCGGUCGGCCACGCACGAGGUCAGCUGCUGUGUCCUGCUCAAGAAGCCCGUCGAGAAGUUCCUGAUCCGGUACGACCGCGUGCCGCGCAAUUUCCUGAGCCCGGUGAUCCAGCAGUCGCACGUGUUGGGCCGGCCGCGCCACCGGCCGCCCGUCUACUCGAGUGCCGUCAGCUCGCAGAACAAGACGGCCAGCACCAUGUUCAACACGCUGUCCAGGCAAUCCUACAAUGAGCAAUUGGCCGUCAGGUACCUGCACCACCGCCGCUGGGUGUGGGAAAUGCAGGAGAGGCGCGGGCCGUCCAUGUCCAUGACAGCCAUGGGCCGCAUCCUCUCCACCGUUGUCAAGUCCCGCCUGCAGGAGGGCUUCAGCUUCGCGCACUCGUCGCACGGCAUCAUCAACCUGGUGCUGGAGAUGGAGGUGCAGCACCCGCUGUGCCGCCCGCUGGGCAGCGGCGAGCCCCAGACGCACCCGUUCGUGGUGCAGUACGUGCUGUUCCCGCCGCACAUCAGUGCCGCCUCCGGCAGCAGGGACAAUUUGUCAAUGUCGGAGGAGGAGCCGGGCGAGCCGGAGGCGGAGCCGGAUGUGCAGGCGCACAUCGUCACCGAGUGCUGGGUUGAGCCGCAGAGCGGCUGCCUGCUCACACACAGCGACCGCCAGGUGCACUUCAACAAGCUCACCUACGAACAGGUGGCCAGCAAGUUCUACGAGCUGGACCGCGAGUGCAUCUCGACCCUGGUGACCAUGGAAUACCUGGCGCUGAUGUGUGACGCUGAGGAUGGCGCCAGCGUGCCCUCGCCCUGGGCCGCCUCCUCGCCGCACAGCCUCCCCGCCAGUGAGAUGGGCAUCCGGCUGGUGCCGUUCUGUUUCGAUCUGCCGCGCCUGCUGCGGCGUUGCCAGCAGGCCGAGGUUCUGCUCUCCACCUACGUCCAAGACCUGGCCGACCUGGACGCGCCGUGCGGCGGGCCCGGCCAGCGCCACGACCCGGACGCUGCCAACCGGGAGCUGUUCCGGCUGCUGCUGGAGACGGUGGCGGCCGUGCACCAGCGCCAGCUGACGCUGGAGCGGGAGCGGCCCGAGCGCCGGCCGCACGCGCCCUUCCAGCACGACCUGGGCGGCCCGGUGCCCAAGUGGCGCUGCUACGUUAAGGCCAUCAGCUCGACGCACGUGGUGGUGACGCUGCUGCCGGCCAGCUUCGACGACCUGAAGCAGCUGAUGCGCGGCGCCGCAGCCGGGACCGACAGCCGCCAGUACGUGCCCGAGGACGCCGAGGAGAGCCUGCGCGCCCUGUUCGCCACCGACAGCCGCGCCGACAGCCUGGCCGACAGCCUGAGCAGCGCCGUGGCGCCGGCGCUGCUCGGCUCGCUCAGCCUGCCCGUCUACGUGUACGACUGUGCGCUGCGCUCGCUGACGCAGCAGCUGGAGCCACCCCACCUGGUGGAGCACUGCAACGUGCUGCAGCUGGCACACACGCGCGCCUUCGUGGUGGGCGUGUUCAGGUCGCUGCAGAGCGCGCAGACGCCGCACCCGCUGGACGUGCAGUCGGCCAUCGAUCUGUGCGACGAGGAGGCGCUCGAGAUUGACAUCACCGACUUCCUCAAGACCAUCUGCGGCCACAUCCGGGACUUCGUGACGCGGCUGCCGCUGGCCCUGCUCCGCGGCCACCAGCCCUGCGACCGGCUGCAGAAGGUGCAUACCGAGGUGCGCCGCAAGUUCGCGCACAUUCUGCGCGCCAGCUUCGGCGCGGCGCCGGCCGGCCCCGAGGUGUACUUCUACCUGCCGCCGGAGCUGCGCACCAUGCUGGACGAUGAGGCCACACUGCCGGACGACUACCCGGAGCGCGUGCCAUCCGCCGACAACGAGGCCAGCACUGUCCAGCUGAACGACAUCGAUCGCGCCGAGCUGUGGAAGGAGAUGCAGCACCCGGAGGAGAUCGUCAGCGUGGUCACCAAGACGUCGCUCGUGUCCAACGUGGACUCCGAGUCUGUGGGCGACCUGGACGAACGGGCCGUGGAGAUGGGCGAGGAGCGCGAGGAGGAGAGCAUGGCGCCGCUGUUCCUGCAGCUGACCUGCACCAUCCGCACCGGCGCCAACACCUACACCCGACACAUCCGCGAUCUGCCCACCUGCAUCGGGGAGCUGACAGGAGGCAUGAGCGAGACGGACAUACCGCUGGACACGGUCCAGGUCACGCUGGACCUGCUGUGUCUCACGCUGCCGUACCAGGUGGACGUCCGGAUAUCGGAGCACACCAAGCAUCAGGUGCGCGCCACUUCGUUCUGCUCGGACGGCCUGGGCUGCUCGGAGGUGCUGGAGAUGGGCAGCUGCGGUAGCGGCCGCAGCAGCAGCAGCGAUGUCGAGAGCUUCAAUGCCAGCCAGCUGGGCAACCACCUGGGCAACCUGAGCGAGUACCAGGUACAGGCGGUGACGGCCACCAAGGGCGAGGUGCAGUGGCUGCUGAUGGACGAGAUCGCCGCCCUCCUGCUGGACAGUCAGAUCCAGAUGUCCCGGCCCCGACGCGGCUGUGUGCACAAGCGGAUCCAGCUCAACUUUGUCUAUGGACCGGAGAAGAGCAUUGAUAAGUUCAUGGAGGAGUUCCGUCGUCUGCAGGUGCCUGGCUACGAGCUGGCCCAGCUGGACAACCUGUACUACCUGGUGCACGAGUCCUCCUCAUGGUUCUCCAUGGAGGAGGUGGCGUCAGUGCGGCGACCCUGCACGCCGGACGCGCUGAUGGCGCAGACUCUGCUGGCCCGCUCCACCAGCGUCGAUCUGUGCCAGUACCUCACCAGCCUCGGCUCCGUGUCGGACGACGACUGCACGGCGCAGAACCACCAGGCGGCGCGGCGCGCGGCGCUGAGCCACGAGGACCGCGAGGUGGCCGCCCUGUUCGGCGGCGCGCCGGCCCAGCCGCGCCGCCGGCCUCGCAGUCAGGUGUGGGAGGGCGCCGGGGACGUGGCGGCGGCCGACUCGCGCCGCUGUCGCUCGGCCGCCGAGGUUGACUCCACCGCCGUCCAGCCGCCCCGCCCGGCCAGCGACAGCUCCAGCAAGCUCGACGAUAACAUCCACCUGACCGAGGAGGGGUACGAGGGCGACGGUGACAACAACUCUGACUCGGAGCACGAGCCGGCCGAGCGUAUCCUGCUGCCGGCCUUCUGGCUCAUCCUGUACGUCUCGGAGGAGGCCGUCGACACGUUCUUCCACUGCAGGUACCGACGUGAGGAUGUCUGUGACAACAAAGCAAUUCACGACCAGGUCAUUGCCAAGAUCAACCAGAUAUGCAAGGUGGUGAACCAGAUGCUGCUGCUGCAGGAGCUGGAGAGCUCCCGCUUCUGCGACAACCUGCUGGAGCCGGAGUCGAGCGCCGACCUGUGGCAGGCGGACGAGCUGCAUGGCCUGUCGGCCAGCUACAGCCGUCCCGGCGCCCACUCGCCCGAUGACCUCAACCGCCACUACCUGGAGGCCAACCUGAAGUUCCAGGCGGGCCACUUCGCCUGUCCGGUCACGUGGUGCGCCCAGUUCGCUCUGCACCCGCGCCUGCGCGGUCCGGCGCACGCGGCCGCGCCUGGGCUCGCCUACCUACGCCAGGCGCUCGAGACGUUCGCCGUCACCAACCGGCGCAACAUGUUCGUCUUCAAGGACCCCAAGCUGGAGCAGGUGUUCUACCUCAGACUGCAGGAGUGCUGUGCAGCCAGUGCUCGCGCCUCUGGUGACAGUGCGUCGGCCCUGUCCCUGGACGAGCGUCUCUCGCUGCAGCCUGGCAGACCCAGCAUCACCAGUCUCAAAGACGAGCCGUCCCGGGGCCGCUGCACCUCCGUGGGCGAGCGGGAGACCAGCUCGCGAGCGGAGUCCGGCGAGGGCAUCAUGCUGAUGGUGCACGGCAUCACCGAGCCAGGCCCCAGCAUUAAGGAGGAUCUGGUGGAGCUGCUGUACAACCGGCUGGACGAGCGGCUUCUGGAGCUGUUCUCCAAGGCGCUGCUGCGAAACCCGCAGACCAAGCUGGCACCCGAGGACGUGCACUUCAUCCAGCGGCCGGGGGCGCCGCCCGACCACAGCCUCAAGUUCACCCUGCCGCCGUCGGCCGUGCCGCACCUCGACUCGGUGGUCGGCUACCUGCGCAACAACCUGCUGCAGCUGCUGCACCAGCCCAAGUACACCGACAGCCGUGAGGAGAACCACUUCCGGGACUGGGGCAGCAGCGGGGACUCGGACAUGUUCCUAUACCUGCCGUCGGAGAAGCACGGCGGCCGCGGCAUGGCCUGCGUCUCCCUGUCGACGGUGCGGCCGUCGGCGCCGCCACCGCCGCCACCACUGCCCCUGCUGGAGGCCGCCGCAAUAGAGUGGACGCCCGCUCAGUUCGAGGCGCUGACCAGCACCAAGCUGUACGACCCACAACGGGACGGUCCGGACGCCGUGCUGCUCCAGUUCAACAUCUGGGAGAAGGGCCGUGCCAACCUGGCCUGGCUCGAGCCGCGCCUGCCCUCGGCCAUCCGGUACGCGCUCUGGGACCGCUGCAUGGUCUGCCACGUGCUGCCGCACGCGCCGCUGGAGGGCGCCGGCGGCCGCGAUCUGGCGGCCGCACUGCGAGCGGGCCGCGCGCCGGACGAGGCGGCCGGCUCCAGCCUGGCCCGCUUCCUGGACAGACGCAUCUCGUCACCGGUGACCCAGCUUCAGCAGGAGCGUCGGCGCAGCGUCGCCAGCUCUGCUCCCCUGGACGGCUCGCCGCUGUCGCUGGUAACUAUGCCGGCUUGGCACGUGUGGAGCGCGCUGCACCUGCUGCACCAGUCGCUGCCGCCGCCGCCUCCGCUGUUUGCAUGCACAGUGCUACCGCCUCCGGCUUGCGCGGGCAGUACUGCUGUCUGGAUGUUGGACGCGCCGUUGGGCUCGGGCCAGUCCACCCCGCGCACCGCGGGGGAGGCCACGCCACUGCGCUCCAUGUACGGUGACGACCUGCGCCGGUGGCUGGAGUUCGGAAGCGAUCUGAGCGUGCCCAACCUGCGGCGCCACGCAGUCCAGCUGAGCAACAGGUACACGGUGGGCGCGUUCCUGUCGGGCCUGAUGCGGGUGGUGCAGGAGGAGUGCCCUUCGCUAAGCUGCCACCUGUGCCGCGCCACCGAGGCCGGCCCGCACGUGCUCUGCGACGUGGCAGAGGUGGACGGCGACAACUGCGACGGACUGAUCCUGGUCGGCCACGGAUACAGAGACGACUACGCGCGCGCUGUGGCGCACCGUCUGAGCUUCAGCGGCCAGCUGCAGGGCUCGGGCUCUACCGAGGGCGGCGCGGCGCAGUGUUCGUCUGUGCCGCCGUCGCCCGGUCCGGCCAGCGCCGGCCUGGUGUUCCGCUCGCCCGGGGAGACGGCUGGCUCGGCCGGCCCACCGCCGCCCCGACAGAAGCUGGCCUGGGCGCGCGUCCAUGACAAACAGGUGGAGCUGUACACCUACAACUGGCCCAAGGAGAAGUGGGAGCACCUGCACCACAAGAGCUCGGACCUCUGUCAGUGGACCAACGCGCGCUGCUCCCUGCUGCACUCAAUCGUUGCGCAGAAGCUGGGCCUGUUUCAUCACCAGCCGUUCACCAGGCGUCACGACCAGUCCACCGACCAGGGGACCAACAUCUACCAGAACCAGAUGUCGCACAUCGUGCAGCUGAUCCGGCAGGCGGCGCCACCGUCGCAGCCGGCGGGGCCGCACCGGCCCGGCGGCGGUCGGACCAGGCUCUUCACCGAGACGCUGCGGGACUGCAAGCCGGGCCCGCUGCCGCCGCCCGGCCCGGCCGCCGACGCCGUGUGCCGCCACGGCCAGCAGCUGACCGAGGUGUACCGCGUCAACAGGAAGGGAGACGAACAGAAGAAGUUGUACCACCAGUGCCAGACGCUGGAGUCGCUCGACAAGGACUCGACCAUGGAGAGUUUCGUGCGUCUGCUGAAGGGCUCCGGCCGUCUGCUGCACUUCUGCUUCACGCCGCUACUGCUGCUGCCGUCCUGGCGCUGGCAGACGGCCGUCACGCGCGACCAGGCGCUGCUGACGGCGCGCGAGCUGGCGGCGGCGAGCGCGGCGCGCGCCGGCCGGCCGCCGCCGCGCGUGCGCCACCCCUCCGAGACGUCGUGCCGCUCUGGUGGCCGGCCGUCUCCCCGCCUGCGCCGCCAGGCGGCCGACGAGCGCUGGCACGAGACCCUCUGCACGCUGCUGCUCGGCGAGUACCUGCAGUACCUGCAGAAGAUGGGCUUCCUGCCGCUGCAGUACGGCCUGAAGGGGCCGCGCCGGCCGGAGGCGGCCGAGCCGGCCGUCGUCGCAUACCUGUACAGGGUGAUCCUGGGCGGCGGCGGCUACCUGCUCUUCCAGAUCGGCGUCGAGGAGCCCUUCUUCUACGUCAAGCUGUACGCGCUGGAGGGGCUGCGCGUGCGGCUGCGCGGCCGCGCGGCGCCCAUCAACCCACAGAUGGUGCAGAGCUACCUGGCCGAGUGUGACGACAUCCGGGCGCACACCCACCUGCACUCGUACAUGCACGACUACCACCUCCGCAUGAUGCAGCAGUACGUCGGCGGGCGGCCGCUGCUACUCCGCCAGGGCCUGCACAUCAUCUCCUUCCUGGAGGACUUCUACAACUACUACCCCAAGGGGCCGACGCACGCGCGCAACUUCAUGGCCACAGGCUCGGUCACGUUCGAGGAGCAGACCUCCACCACACCGGACCAGCUGUACAACUACCUGCUGACGCACGAGAAGCGCUACAAGAUGCGCGUGCUGCGGAUGAUCCCGCUGUUCGAGGACAGCGGCGAGGAGACGACCGAGGACGAGUACGUGCUGGUGCAGCUGAACCAGCGCGAGGUGCGGCGGGCCGAGCCGGCGCAGCAGCCGGUGGUGUACGACCUGGCGCUGGUCGUCUCCCGCGACUUGGCCGACCCGGCCGCCGACACCCGGCUCCGGCUCAAGUUCUACGUGCUCAUGACCAGCAGGGACAUCUAUCCCAAGGUGUUCAUCGAGAGGAAGUUCGAGAACUACCGGCGCGUGGAUACGGCACCCGGCGUCCUGGCCGACCCGCCGACGGCCCCCUCCUCCGGCUCGGUGGUAGUCCGCGAUCGCCGCUCGCAGAGGUCCGAGACGAGUGGCACUAGCAGCGAAGACGCCACCGGCACCAGCAGCUCCGGCAGCGGCUUCUUCAGCUCGUACAGCACUCUCAGGCCCGAGUCGGUGCACUACCUGGGCUACUUUUCGUCGCACGAGCAGUACAUGCAGGUGGUGCUGGCCGACGAGGUGGAGCGGGUGCGCCGGCGGAUCCUGGAGGUGGUGGGCCGGGCCAAGGUCCACUGCAGACGAGACUCACUCUGGCAGCGGCUCAGGGAGGAGGACGAACGGACCCGCGGCUCGUCGGCAGGCGGGCUGAGCUGUGCCGAGAUGACGGAGCUGCUGACGCUGGUCUGCUGCCAGCCGCUAGAGGACAUCGACCCCAGGCUGAGCCCGCUGGUGCAGCAGCCGCUCAGCUGGUACUCGGGUCUCAUCCGCACGCUCACGCACAAGUACUCGGACUCGCAUCGCUACUACCAGUCGGAGUCGGGCUCGCUGCGCUACCUGGUGGUCAUCCUGCCGGCCGAGUCCAGCGCGCUGUUCGUGCUCACCGUGGACUCGGAGUCCGCUCACCGCACGGCGCACCUGAGCCUGGUGACGAGAGAGCCGAGUCUGGGCGAGCCUUCGGACGCGCCGUCUCCGUCCGCUUCGGACGGCGAUCUGCUGCUGCGCCGACUCACCGAGCAGUUCGUCAACUGCUGCUGCUAUCAGAUGUGGGCCAGCUUCGUCCAGUAGCGGCCGACGCUGGCCGCUGGCCGCUGACCGCUCGCGCUCGCGGGGCUCGCGGGGCUCGCGCUCUUCCCCGAUGUCGGCGGCCGGGCACGUGCUCCCUGCCGUCGGAUCGGCACGGCAACUGGUCACGUGAUGGAGCUCCAGGUGGAGGCCUUGCCGCGUCGGCUGGUCACGUGGUGUGGUGGUGGGGUGAAGCUCAGCCGUUUCAGUGGGUCACGUGACGCAGGUUUGCCUGUGCCGGAUGCUGGGGGCGGCCCCUGCCCUGAGCUUCGAGUAAUCGGUGUGCCACAGUGGCCGCUCUGGCGUGGCUUCAGAGCAGCAAGUCUUUGUUAUUAGUUCGUUUGGGGUUUGCAUGCUACUGUUGAUUUUUCUUGGCGAGAGGGGGCACAAACCAUUGUUGGAGGCAGAAUUACUAACUGCUCGGCUACCUUUCGGCCAGUGAGUGGCCCCGUGGAAGUUCUGUGGUCGUGAGGCGCUGUGCUGUGAUCUUGCCUCACUGUGACGCGUCGGAUCAGGUAACGAGAAAGUGUAGCAAGGGAGACAUUGGUGCGAAUUCCUUCUCUUGCGUAUAUGUAUGCGGCUCUGCCGGGCGCUGGUGGAUUACGUGUUGCGGGUUGUGCCUAUCGAGCUUGCUUUUGUACGCCAUCGAGUGUGGGUUGUAGCCGGAAUACUUAAACCGUGCCUUGUCAUCCAUCUCGGCGUCGCGAUUUGUGGGACUCAAACAAAUGUAACGGUGUGCCUAUAUUGUAAAAAGAACACAGUUGAAGGGUUAUGGUCGUGCUGCGCCGAUCGCUGCGCACUGACGUCGACUACCGCGCCGGCUGUUGUGAUACGGUAUUGGACGGCGUGGAUGUCGGGUGUGCUGGUGCCGCCAGCGAUGUGACCCGGAUGACCCGUUGGCGGAAGCGGCGCUGAUGCUCUGCUGACCUCCAGCGCUCAGUGUGACCUGUGCAAUGAACUGGCAUGAGCGUGAGCUUGGGCAUGAGCUGUGCCACGCCCUGUGUGCCACUCCCGCCUGGGCUGUCUGGCGGCGUCGUAUGCUCCCGCGUAUGGGCGCUAUUUGGCCGGACAUUUUUACUCGUGACGAUGCCAGUACAGUGUCCGGCUGAUUCCCAGUUCAUGCAGUGUCCUGCUAAUCGCCAUAUACACGAUGUUGCA